UGGGUCACUCUGUAAAACAGACCAGACACCGCAUAAAGUCAACAGGAAGUGGGUGUUUCUGUGAGUUCCUGUUAACACACUGAGGUGGAGCUGAAACUUGAUCCUGAUGCCGGAAGUCCUACACACUUUGUGUCGCAGCCUUCAUUCGUGAAUGUAGAAAAGGUAAAAUUAGAAUCCUGUAACUGUGUGCUUUGUGUGGUACUGAACGUCACCGGUGCUAACCGCGCAGCUCCGUCACAAACGGACCAAACUCGAGCUGAAAACGUCCGUUUGGGUCCAGUCAGCGUUUGGUUUCGAUCUCUUUGUGACGGCGGACGCGUGGAGGCCAACGGUCACCUUAUCGUGGUGUUGUCGAAGUGAACACAUCAAGAGUGUCAACAACACCGGGAUAAAGAAAAAAAUAUUUCUGCAAUUGUGAGAGACAACAGAAAAUACAGGAUUUAGCAGAUUUAAAAGAGGAAGAAGUCACGUGAUCUGCAGUUGUUGUCACGCGUCUGUUUAGUCAUGUUUUAACUGUCGAGACAGAACAUGCAGAAUAUGGAGUUUUACAUGUUGGGUGUUGACUGGAUGUAAAGAAUACAAAUUUAAUAUGUCAGUGGUUGAGAAACGGGACCAGAUGACUGACCCACAGAACUAAGACAAGCUGGCUCAAGAACAAAGACAGUCUCAUCAUGGAGACAGCAAGCGAAACAGAAAAGGGUGCGACAGGUGUACCGGCCACCAUGAUUCAGCCUGAGGAGGAACAAGAGGAAGUCCAGCCCUGCAGCAUCUCCCUGAUGACAAAGCAGAGGCCUGAGAAGGACAAAUCAGAUUCUCCUGCUCCAAGUUGUAUGUCCAUGAAGAGUGACAGAUCUAUAGACGUCCCCCUAUCUUUCAACCAGCAAGACUCAGUCACAAAGCCUGAGAAGGACCAAUCAGAUUCUCCUGCUCCAAGUUGUGUGUCCAUGAAGAGUGACAGAUCUAUAGACGUCCCCGUGUCUUUCAACCAGCAAGACUCAGUCACAAAAGUUUGCCAGGACACGUCAGAGGAUUUCACUGGCUCUCGAGCAGACCUGGACUCCAUAUUUAUGCUUCUUGAGGAGAAUAUUGUAGCGUUUGUGAAAAAGGAGCUGAAGAAGUUCGAGAGGAUUCUGAGUCCAGAUUACCCAGAAUUCUCUGCAGACCAGCGUGAAAAUAAGGAGGUGAAGGGUGAGGAGGAUGAGCAGACGAGGAGCAGCAGAGACGCAUUUCUGAAGAUCACACUGCAGUUCCUGAGGAGCAUGAAGCACGAGAAGCUGGCUGACUCUCUGCAGAACAGAACUACGGUCUGUCAUCAUAAACUCAAAUCCAAUCUGAAGAAGAAGUAUGAGUGUGUGUUUGAGGGGAUUGCUAAAGCAGGAUGUCCAACCCUUCUGAAUCAGAUCUACACAGAGCUCUACAUCACAGAAGGAGGGACUGCAGAGGUCAAUGAAGAACAUGAGGUCAGACAGAUCGAGACAGCAUCCAGGAAAUCCAGAAGACCAGAAACAACAAUCAGACAUGAAGACAUCUUUAAAGCCUCACCUGGAAGAGAUGGACCAAUCAGAACAGUGAUGACAAAGGGAGUGGCUGGCAUUGGGAAAACAGUCUUAACACAGAAGUUCACUCUGGACUGGGCUGAAGACAAAGCCAACCAGGACGUCCACUUCACAUUUCCAUUCACUUUCAGAGAGCUGAAUGUGCUGAAGGAGAAGAAGUUCAGCUUGGUGGAACUUGUUCAUGACUUCUUCACUGAAACCAAAGAAGCAGGAAUCUGCAGGUUUGAAGAGUUCCAGGUUGUGUUCAUCUUUGACGGUCUGGAUGAGUGUCGACUUCCUCUGGACUUCCACAGCAAUGAGAUCCUGACUGAUGUCACAGAGUCCACCUCAGUGGAUGUGCUGCUGACAAACCUCAUCAGGGGGAAUCUGCUUCCCUCUGCUCGCCUCUGGAUAACCACACGACCUGCAGCAGCCAAUCAGAUCCCUCCUGAGUGUGUUGACAUGGUGACAGAGGUCAGAGGGUUCACUGACCCACAGAAGGAGGAGUACUUCAGGAAGAGAUCCAGAGAUGAUGAGGAGCAGGCCAGCAGAAUCAUCUCCCACAUCAAGACAUCACGAAGCCUCCACAUCAUGUGCCACAUCCCAGUCUUCUGCUGGAUCACUGCUACAGUUCUGGAGGAUGUGUUGAAGACCAAAGAGAGAGUAGAGCUGCCCAAGACCCUGACUGAGAUGUACAUUCACUUCCUGGUGGUUCAGUCCAAAGUGAAGAACAUCAAGUAUGAUGGAGGAGAUGGGACAGAUCCACAGUGGAGUCCAGACAGCAGGAAGAUGAUUGAGUCUCUGGGAAAACUGGCUUUUGAGCAGCUGCAGAAAGGAAACCUGAUCUUCUAUGAAUCAGACCUGACAGACUGUGGCAUCGAUAUCAGAGCAGCCUCAGUGUACUCAGGAGUGUUCACCCAGAUCUUUAAAGAGGAGAGAGGACUGUACCAGGACAAGGUGUUCUGCUUCGUCCAUCUGAGCGUUCAGGAGUUUCUGGCUGCUCUUCAUGUGCAUCAGACGUUCAUCAACUCUGGUGUCAACCUGCUGUCAGAGGAACAAUCAACCUCUUGGUGGUCUAAAUUGUUCGGAAACACAUCUGAAGUCUUCUACCAGAGUGCUGUGUACAGGGCCUUACAGAGUCCAAAUGGACACCUGGAUUUGUUCCUCCGAUUCUUGUUGGGUCUUUCACAGUCAGCCAAUCGGACUCUCUUACGAGGCCUGGUGACACAGACAGGAAGCAGUUCACUGGCUGAUCAGAGAACAGUCCAGUAUAUCAAGACAAAAAUGAAUGAGAAUCUGUCUGCAGAGAGAAGCCUCAAUCUGUUCCACUGUCUGAAUGAAAUGAAGGACUGUUCUCUUGUAGGGGAGAUCCAACAGUCCCUGAGUUCAGGACGUCUUUGCACAGAGAAACUGUCUCCUGGUCAGUGGUCAGCCCUGGUCUUCAUCUUACUGUCAUCUGAAAAAGAUCUGGAAGUGUUUGACCUGAAGAAAUAUUGUGGUUCCGAGGAGACUCUUCUGAGGCUGCUGCCAGUUGUCAAAGUUUCCAACAAAGCUCUGUUGAGUUGCUGUAAUUUGUCAGAGAAGAGCUGUGAAGCUCUGUCCUCAGUUCUCAGCUCUUCGUCCUCCAAUCUGAGAGAGCUGGACCUCAGUAACAAUGACCUGCGGGAUUCAGGAGUGAAGCUACUGUCUGCAGGACUGAAGAGUCCAAACUGUAGACUGGAGGUUCUCAGGCUCUCAGGCUGUCUGAUUACAAAGAAAGGCUGUGCUUCUCUGGCCUCAGCUCUGAGGUCCAACCCCUCCCAUCUGAGAGAACUGGACCUGAGCUACAAUCAUCCAGGAGAGUCAGGGGUGAAGCUGCUUUCUGAGGGACUGAAGGAUCCAAACUGGAGAUUGGACACACUCAGGGUGGAACAGGAUGAAUUACAAUCAAUGAAACCUGGUCUGAGAAAGUAUGCCUGUGAAGUCAUACUGGACCCAAACUCGGCAAACAAAAAGCUCAUACUGUCAGAGCGCAACAGGACGGUGACGGUGGGGAAGGAGAACCAGCCGUAUCCUGAUGAUCCACAGAGAUUUGACUGCUGGAAACAGUUGCUGUGUACACAUGGUCUGACUGGUCGCUGUUACUGGGAGGUCCAGUGGAAAGGACAUGUUUAUAUUGCUGUGGCAUACAAAGGAAUCGGAAGGCGGGGAGAAGGUAACAGAUACUGUCUUGGAAGGAAUGAUCAGUCCUGGAGUCUGAGCUGCUCUGAUGGAGGUUUCUCUGGCCUGCACAGUGACAUAAGAGUGUCACUCCAUACCCCCCCUGUGAAGAGAGUGGGAGUGUACCUGGACUGGCCUGCUGGCACUCUGUCCUUCUACACAGUGUCCUCUGACAAACUGACCCACAUCCACACCUUCCACACCACAUUCACUGAGCCAGUCUACCCCGCAUUCAGGAUUAGAAUAGACCCACAAAACUCCUCAGUGUCUUUGUGUGACAUAGUAUAGAACAGUCUCCUGGGUAGAGAAGCAUUAGAGAAGGUGCAACGCUGCUGUAACAUGGGCAGUAAAUGGCUUAACACACAUGGGCAUUAAAUGGCUUAAACUAAGCCAAAACCAUGGGAUGCAUUAACAAUGCUGAAAACACAGACAACAAACAGAAAGUAAAUUUAAAUUUUCACCAGCAAAAAAAAAGACACAA